UCGCAUUCUGAAUUCAACAUGGCGUAAAAGUAGGCUAAAAGACUUGUAGAAGUAAACAAUUAAAUUACAAUUAUAGGUCCAAAUCUAGACCUACCAAAUAACUAGCAAUCUAAUCACAAAUAAAAGCUAUUUGGGCUGGUGUUUUUAAAUCAAAUAACUACUGGAAUCAGAAUUCUCCAACAAAUGAAAUGGGGAGAGAGAAAAAAAGUUUCAGUGUUGUCAAGUACAUUUUCUUUGGUUUUAACAUCUUUGUGUGGCUGCUAGGCUGUGGUGUUUUGGCUGUUGCAAUAUGGCUGUGGUCUUCCCGAGCCCCUAGUACAUCAAUAGUACCAUCGCACUCAUUCUUGAGUGCCUCAACCAUUUGUAUCAUCUCAAGUAUCAUUGUCCUCAUCAUUGGUUUUAUGGGAUGUAUAGGGGCUUUCCUGGAAAAUCAAUGCCUCCUUAUUGGGUACUUUAUUCUUGUACUGCUGGUGUUUGCUUUGGAGAUUACUGCUGGUGCUCUUGGCUUUGUGAUGAAGGACAAGGUGCGAGGAGUGAUACAUAAUGAGUUAUCUAGUGGAAUCAAGUAUGACUAUAGAACAGAAGUGCAGAUUGAGCUAGAGUCUAAAAAUACUUCAUUGUAUGACAAAGAUUCAAAAGGAUGGUCCACUUCAUUAGAUGCACUGCAAAAGGAUCUCCAAUGUUGUGGUGUAGACAACCACACAGACUGGUACAACAUUCAAGCAUGGCCAGAAGAACAAAAAGUGCCAGAGUCUUGUUGUAUCACACCAACACCCAACUGUGGAUAUGGAGAUGCUAGUCUCUGGCAUAAAAAGGGUUGUUUGGGAGAGAUGGAGUAUUGGUUUACAAAAAACAUGUACAUUCUAGGAGUAACAGGCAUCACCAUUGGAUCUAUACAGAUUUUAGCAAUGGUUGCUGCAAUAGCCCAGUUUUGUUACAUCCGCAGCAAACGCUUCCCUUUAUAAAUAGAUUUUGCACCUGAGCCAGAUUUUGAUGUACGUUUUUUGUAAAAUGUCUGGCAGACAUUUAUGUGUUUUUCAAUAAUGAACCUCAAAUUAUUUUAAUUGUAGUAAUAUUAAAUUGUGCAGCUUUAAUUUCUCAUCACUGCAUUUAAAUUUAAUACCUCUAAUUGAAAUUUUUUCCCCUGGUUUAAAUAUUUUAUUACAUCAUUGUAAUCACCAAAUUUCAACCAUAUAUUCAUUGUUGAUAGCCCUUUCAAAUUUUUAAUAAUUUUUCGAGGGUAGAGAAAUUCAAUGAGAAAGACUCUCACCAUUACAUUUUUUAUGAUGUUGAGAAAUUAAUUUCAGUUGUAAAUUUUUAUUUUAUUUUUGUGAAAUAUGAAUUACCUCUGUUGGAAAUCAAAAUACAAUCACAAAAAUAAUCUGCACAAGUGAUAUUAAAUAGGGCUACUUUUUUUUGCAUUUUGUAACUUAUUUAUUGUCACGUUUUUUUGAAAAUGUAAUAUUUUUGUUUGAACAGUAAAUUCCAUUAAUUGCUGCAUAACGUCAUGGUCAAAGCUUUCAGUAUUAGUUUUUUGCUUUAUAUAUAUAACAUUCUUUGAAAGGAUUUUAAAAACAUUUUUGUCUCAGGAAGUAAGGUUUAAUUACGCAUUACUUUUUAAAAUGGAGGUUAUAUCUUGCUAACUAAAUACAUCUCUCACUCUCUCUCUCUCUAUAUAUAUAUGUAUGUGUGUAUAUAUAUAUAUAUAUAUAUAUAUAUAUAUAUAUAUAUAUAUAUAUAUAUAUAUAUAUAUAUAUACACAUAAUCAAACAAACAUACAUAUAUACAUACCUACACUUACACACAUACAUUAGUUAUUAUAAAGUACUUUUAUUUGCCUGCUGAUGCAAGAGAUUCUACAUACUUGAUAAAAGUCUGGUGUCUCAGAUCUUACAACUGUUUAGCUAUUGUUGCUAUUUACAGUAACAACAUGCUUUAUACAACUAAUCUCAUGGUCUUUAUAUUUAGGUCCAACCAUGGUUUUUAUUUUAACCACCAUGAAUUCUUAAAUUUGUGUUCCAUUUUUAACCUCAAUUUUACAGCAGCAUUUAACCAAUUAUUUGGGCUCAUUUAAGGGCUUCUCAGCACAAUCCUAGAAAUUACCAUUGCACUCUAUGUUUAAUGUUAAUUAAACUGUAUUGCUGAUUUUUUUAAUGGUAAAAAAAAUUGCAUUUGACAGCAUUGUCUAUAAUUGGUACUUAACUCAGUUGUCCCUGGUGCUUGUAGUGUAGAGUCAUGAACACCAGGUUCUACAUUAAAGAUUGAGUAAUGAGUAGUCCGUAAAUGACAUAACCUUCCAGACAGUAUGUGCUACGUGGAUUAUGGGGGUGUAAGAAUGACGUGUAACAACUCACAAGAUGUAUUUCUUUAUAAUUAAAACUGUAUGAAACUAUUUUAUUUGUUUUAGAGGCGAGAGUGAAUUUUUGUGAUAACAUGAGUUGGUGUUACAUAUUGUAAUUGAAUUAAGUCAUUUGCGGACGACCCCCCCCCUAAUGUCAGUAGCUAAGCUUCACAGUGGAGUGCACACUACAUAUAUCUACUGUGCUGGAGAUUGUUUUUAUUGUGAUGUUUAUCAUGUAAAUAAUUUACAAUACAUUAAAAAGUGUAUUAUAUUACCAUUGGUUACAUAUUAAGUGUAUUAAAAUUUAUUUAAAUUGGUAUUUUUAUUUUAUUUUGCCACAUUCAUUUAUAUAUAUAUAUAUACACAUAUAAAAUAUCCAUUGAGUUUUGGUAAUAGUUUAUAUAUAUUAGUGAAAUACCUCAGUUCAUCAAUGAAAAUUGUAUAACGGUUAAAUCAGAUAAUGUUAACAAAAAACUAGUCAACUUUUAUUGUCAAGCCGUAAAAAUAAAUUGUUGCUGUAGCUAAAAGCAACAGUUAACUUUGUAUUAAAGAGUUCCUAUUGUUUAUUCAAUGAUAGAAAAAUGCUUCACAUUCAGGUUUUUAGUAGGAAGUGGGAUUUUAUAUAGCAUUUAUUGUUGAAUAAUUUGUAUUUUAUUGGAAACAAAAAUAUGCUUUUCAGUUUUUUUGUAACUACCGGCUAACUGGAUUAAGAUUUGACUGUAAAUGCAAAAGGUUUAUAUUGAAAUAUUUUGUAUUGUUUUCAUGUACAAGUAAAAUUUAACUUAAUCUUGUGUCCAAGGUCAUGUAUUUUGGCUAUAGAGGUAGUGUUUGCACUAAAUGAUUACAUAUUUUGUUUGUGUUAUAAGCUAUGUAUUGUAUAUUGUUAGUUAAAUGUUAUCAUAGCCUCAUAGUUUAAAGAAAAUACUAUACUUUCAUGUGAUGAUACUAUCCCCUUCUCAGUACAGUUGAGCAAAAGUGUUCAAUUUUUUCUAAAAUUGGUGAAUGCUUUUUUAUUUUAAUUAUAUUUUUAUUCUGUAUAAUUUUUUAAAAAAUAGUGAAAAGCUGAUUUUAAUUAUAUUCAAAGCUGGUAUAACUGGUAGAUUCAAUUGUAUUAAGCAAGCAUUCAAAAUCUUGUGUAUUAAAUAUGAUUGGUUGUGGUCUUCCUUACUCAGUUACUAAUUAUAGAUAAACCCACACAUCUCAAUUAUCUAAGUGUUUUUGUUUACAUACUAAAUGUAAAACAAUAAAUAUGUACUUAAUAUUUUUGUUCUUAUCUUAUUCUUGAUAAAAUGAUUGUUAAUGAUAGUUGCUUUUUCAAUAACCCCUUGUCACAUAAGUCAGUUCACCUGUUCACUGUUUCAAAAAUGUGUUCUGCUUCAAGUUUUGUGCCAGAAAGAA